AUGAGUUUCCAUAAUAUGCUCAACAAGCUGUCGGGACAGCCCGAAAGCUACGAGAAAAAGUCCCACUACAAGUUCGGACGCACACUCGGCGCUGGUACGUACGGUAUCGUUCGUGAAGCCGACAGCAGCAAGGGAAAGGUCGCCAUCAAGAUCAUCCUGAAGAAGAAUGUCCGGGGCAACGAACGCAUGGUCUAUGAUGAACUAGAGAUGCUUCAAGCUCUCGACCAUCCCAACAUUGUUCAUUUCGUCGAUUGGUUCGAAUCGAAGGAUAAAUUCUACAUUGUCACACAGCUGGCCACUGGUGGUGAGCUGUUCGACCGCAUUUGCGAGUAUGGCAAGUUCACCGAAAAGGAUGCCUCUCAGACGAUUCGCCAGGUGCUGGGCGCCGUCCAUUACCUGCACGAACGGAAUAUCGUUCAUCGAGACUUGAAACCCGAAAACCUUCUCUACCUCGGUCCCGACCCCCAUUCUCCUCUGGUCCUCGCAGAUUUCGGUAUUGCCAAGAUGUUGGAUAGCCCCAGCGAGGUUCUGACCAGCAUGGCGGGCUCCUUCGGCUACGCCGCCCCAGAGGUUAUGCUUAAGCAAGGUCACGGCAAGGCCGUCGACAUGUGGUCCCUCGGUGUUAUCACCUACACCCUGCUUUGCGGAUACUCUCCCUUCCGUUCCGAGAACCUGUCCGAUCUGAUUGAAGAGUGCCGAAGCGGAAAGAUCAUCUUCCACGAGCGCUACUGGCGCGAUGUUUCGCAGGACGCCAAGGACUUCAUCCUCACGCUGUUGCAGCCGGAUCCUGCCAAGCGUGUCACCUCCGAAGAAGCCUUGAAGCACACCUGGUUGACCGGUGAGUCGGCCAGCGACCGCGACUUGCUGCCCGAGAUCCGUGCCUACAUUGCUCGCUCUCGUCUGCGCAGAGGUAUCGAGAUCAUCAAGCUGGCGAACCGCAUUGAGGCGCUCAAGAUGCAGGAGGAUGAUGAGGACAUCCCUAGCCCGGUGGAAAUGGCAGAGAAGGCUUCUGGCACGACGCCCUUCUCUCAACUCUCGCCCAAUGGCAAAUCGGAUUCCGCGCCAGCUGAGGGCGAGGCUACUGGCACAAAGAAGCGCAGUCUGAGCAAGAUUGCCCGCGGUGCCAUCUUCCGUGAAGUUGUGCUCGCCAAGGUCCGUGAGGUGAAGGAGACCGAGGAGCGCGAGAAGGUCGAGCGUGAAGCCCGCGAGCGGACCGCCCAUGCAUGA